AUGGGUAUCACCACAGCCUACCGCACGACCUCUUCAGAUGCGAUCAACGUGCUGGCUGGCCUCCUUCCCCUACACAUCCGUGUCGAAGAGGAGGCAGAAAGACAAAUCGUCCUGCAGCUUAAAAGACCUGUCACCUUUGACGAAGAAUAUUUUAAUCCAGAGGACUAUGAGGCUAAAUGCUGCCCUCUGAAAAUCCAUCCAGCAGCCAAAGGCACCGGAAUAAACAUAAUUACCAAUCCAACUACCGCCCACUGUCCAGCACAGAUUACCAUCUUCACUGACGGGUCGAAGAUAGACGAAAACGUCGGAAGUGCCUAUGUGGUCAUGCUGCAAGAUACAGUCAUAGAUCAAUGGAAGGGUCAACUAAGGCAAUUUAAUAGCGUUUUUCAGGGAGAAGCAGUGGCAAUUGCGCAAGCAAUCCGCUACCUGCAAUCCCCCCACUCCCGCAACGCUACAAUAAAGACAGACAGUCUUUCUUCGCCAUACGCAAUUGGAAACCCUGACCACCCAUCCGAUAUUAUUCAGGGAAUACGGGAAGAUCUGCGAAAAUAUUCCCAACUCCAUACAAGACUUGAAUGGAUCAAAACGCAUGCCGGCCACCACGGCAAUGAGUUGGCUGACCAUCUAGCCAAAGAAACUGCCACAGGGCAAAUCUCAACAAAUCAACAUCCCAUGGCCAGUGUCUUAUCUGAAAAGAACAUUGCACUUAAAGGCAAUCGGGAAAUGGCAGCAGACAUGGGAUAA